GUACGGUGAAUAGAACUCCAACCAAUGGCAGCCUUCUCGCACGCUAUUGGUCGAGCGUUAGUCCCGAGAUCGCCUAUAAAUGUCCUCUGCUCGGCGAGGCUGGCACAUACUGCGUUUGACCGUCGUACUGUGCGUUUCGAGGAUUCUCUACUUGAGCAAGCUAAGAUGUCUGGACGUGGCAAAGGUGGCAAAAUAAAGGGCAAGGCGAAGAGCCGUUCCAACCGAGCUGGAUUGCAAUUUCCCGUGGGUCGUAUUCAUCGACUAUUAAGAAAGGGAAAUUAUGCCGAACGCGUCGGUGCCGGUGCACCGGUGUAUUUGGCUGCCGUGAUGGAAUACCUUGCUGCUGAGGUACUAGAAUUGGCAGGAAACGCGGCUCGCGAUAACAAGAAAACCAGAAUCAUCCCUAGACACUUGCAGCUCGCCAUCCGUAAUGACGAAGAAUUGAAUAAAUUGCUCUCGGGCGUCACUAUUGCACAGGGAGGUGUUUUGCCAAAUAUUCAAGCAGUGUUAUUGCCGAAGAAGACGGAGAAGAAGGCAUAAUCGUAAACCGGCAACGUGAGACAAUAACCUACGGUUGGCUGCAAAUUCACGAAGUAACAAAUGGCCCUUUUCAGG